CAUGUUAUAAUAUCUCUUAUAUUUGAUAUGUACUAUCAGCCAAAAUAAACUUAAAAAUGUAUGUUCGUUUAAUAGCUAGUGAUUAUCAAGAAUUUAUCGUGGUUGAUUUUCAUGAAUUUGCUAUAAAAAUUUUAUAGUUUACAUUAUGUAGUUUGAUAAGUUGUCAUGUAUUAGAACAUUCGAAUUAUACGUCUAUUCGACUAAGUAAAAAUAUUCGAAAUAACAUUGAACAUCAAUAAUUUAUAUAUUCUCCAAUAAUCUAUUAAAUAAUAAUUAUUAUGAAGCUACUAAUGGUUUUUUUUGUGUUUAUUAAUAUCCUCAAAUGGUCAACUUUUGCAGAAUUAGAGUAUAAAGCUCUCGAGAUUUUCAAUUCUACUGAAAACCUUGAACGACAUGAUGAGCUUCGACUUCUUGGAAAUGGUAUAGAAAAUUGUGGUCCUGGAGCUUUUCGUGACCAGUAUGGGAUGUGUCGAUUAGAAAGUAAUCUGAACGAUUAAAUGAUAAAAUUUGUUAUAUGCAUAAUUUAAUUGUAUAUCAUGCAACUAUGCUGUUUAUUUAGCAUGUAAAAUUAAAAAUAAAAAUGUUUAAGUACAUAUUGCGUGAUUCUUUAAAAAUUUCAAGUUCACGGCAGGUCUUUGAACCUAAAUGUUUGAGUGCAGCGAUCGGAAGUGACCGAAGGUAAGAAGAGAGUGGGGACAAGACCCGUGGAAACAGGAUAGCACGGUCUUCAUCUUUCGUAGUCCUUUGACAACGUUGUGACAAGUAAGACUGUUUCUUCGUUAACUUACAAUGGUAUUUAUAAUCAAUAUGAGGGUCUUUAAAACAGUUUUCACUGUGACGUUGACACUUUCGAGCAUAGUGAGUGCUGGACCAGCUUCAUUUUUACGAGUGGAACAUAGAACAUCUGAUGAUGACGGUCCAUCUCUUGCUAUGGACACUCCUAAUAGUUCUGAAACUCCAGCAAUAUUAAAAGAAGACACUUACGAUCAAAGACAAAACGGCACAGAAAAUUAUCGCAUUCACGUGGAUGGUUUAGUUUUAGUUGUUGCUCCUGUAGAAGGACUUCUUCUCGCUGGUGGAAUAAAUAAUGAUUUAUUUUCGGGACUAGGAUCUACUUCUCAAGAAAAACCUGAACCUAGACCAGACCCAUCAGAAUUUUCAACACUCAAACCCAUAGAAGAUAAACCUUCUAAUGAACAAAAACCUGAAACUUCAAUCAAAAAAUCAAUGUACAAGCCUAAAUUGAGAUUAAUAAAUCUUUUGGCUCCAUUCCUGAGAAAAAUUGCACCACAGUAAAUAUUCAUCUUGGCAUUUGAUGAUCAACAAACUAAUUCAUCAUCUUAUUAAAAUGAUAUUUAUUCAUUCGA